CUCCAAGGUCUGAUGGUAAGUUGGUGUUGGUCUUUCUGUUGCCGCCCUCCCCCUUAAAGGACACUGGUGAGUUUUCCUGAAGACCUUAGGUAACCCCUAUAGAUUGUUGGUGGCAUACGCCACUUUCCCUAAUGCACCCUAGUUCAGGUGCAGUUUACAUGUAGUUAACAAAAAACUUAACAGGAAAGGAAACCUCUCCUCUUUUGAGCAAAUUGGACUCUGGAAGUAGGGUUUGGGUAUUGAAGUCAAUACAGACUUGUAAGGGCCUAGACUCCAAUUCCAGUGCUUUGUCUUCUAAAACAACUUUGUUGCCAGUGUUCUUCAGCUCUUGAUAAAUAUUCUUUCUUCCUUCAAACCUGUCCAACAAACUGAACUCGUACAGUUCCCAACUCGGGCUCUGUGAAUGCUAAGUUUCCUUAUCUGCCAAAUGGGUAUAAACAAUAGAAGUGAUUUCCUAAUAACAUUAGGGAAAUCCAAUGAAAGCUUAGCAAAUGCUUUAAGAGUGGCAGGGACUGACUGGGAGCCUGUCUGCAGGUGUGGAUUCCAGCCCAGUCUGUGUCACCACACCCCAUGUAGCCAGCCUUCCUUCCUUCUUUCCUUAUUUCUUCCUCCUCCUCUUCCUUCUGGUGCCGAGGAUGGAACCCAGAGCCCACACAUACUAGACAAGAGCGCUACCACCAUGUAGCCUAGAGCCGUUGGAUUCUCUGAGUCUGAGCCUCCAUAUCAGUAAAAUGUGAGAGGGUGGGUGUGGGAAGGGGAAAACUGUCUCAUUUCUCUUUCCUCAUUCAAAUCCAGCUCUCUAGAACAAAAUUGGAAGGAGAUCAGGUGAUCCCGGCUCAAUCACAGAUCUUCUCUGGGUAUGUAGUUCAGUGGUAGGGCUUGCACAGGGCCCUGGUUUUGAUGCUCAGCACUAUAUAAAUAAAUUCCAAAUAAAAUGUCACCAACUACCAGUUAUUUGUAGCUUAUCAUAGGUAAUAGGACAAUAGGUAUUCCUCUUACAUCUUGUACCUUGUUUUGGGAUACAUAAUAUAAUGUCCUAUCAUCAGAUAAAUCUUUUUUUCUUUUUUUUUCCGAGACAAGGUCUUACCAUGUGCUGUGUAAUUCAGGAGGCAGGGAUUGAACUCACUAUGUAGCCGAGGCUGGCCUCAACUUGCAGAGAUUCUGCUGCCUCAGCCUCCCAAGUGUUGGGAUUACAGGCAUGCAUCACCAUGCCUGGUGAGAGAUAAACCUUUUAAAAAAUUGUUUAGCAGAAACUGCCAUUGAGAAAAACAAGUCUCUGAGCCUGUGCUAUUAGCAGGGCGCAGCACCGUGUGGUGGUAUGGAGUUCAAUGUCAUCUGGCCUUCCUGGAUCAAAGGCACAAAAUCAAUACCAGAGAACUAAGUCAAUCAGAGCUGGUUUCUGUCCUUCGCCAGUUUGCAGCCUGGGAAGUGACUCUCAGGUCACACAAAGACUGCAGGAGAGAGCCAGAUCGGGCUGUGAGUGCACCUAAAUGGGAAGAGGUAAAUACUACCGUAUUUGGAUACGGCAGCGAGGGUUUGUUGAAGGUGUCACUGCUAGAAAAAAAGUGGACAGUUUUUUUUCUUCUGCAGCAUUUUGCCAUUUUAAGCCAGAGUCCAUUUUUGGAGACUGUUCUUAGAAGAGCAGACUCCUCAGAGGAGGGCAAGCAGCUGGACAUCUGGCAGAGGCUGCCUUAUAGAUGCCUCUUUGUGGCUCUCCUGAAAGGGCCCUCCCCCUGCAGACAUAAAUGCUUCAAUUCAGGGGCUGCUGAAGGACGCCUGCUGUGGCCCAGACCCUGAGCUGGCAUCGGGACCCAGAUGUAUCCUGCUCAGCCUCUGCCCUCAGGGAUCUCCCAGGGAAGAAGAGCUUUAUGUACAAAGAAAGACACAUGACAGUAGCAAGGGCCACAGGGUGGGGGCAGCCAGCUGCUGUGGGGUCAGAGGCACUGUGCAAGUGCCCCACACCCGGAGACAUGAGGGCAGGAGCGGGCCGUGUUCCCUUGUCACUAGGGACGUCUGCUUGGUGCUCGCAUCCUGCCCCAUCUGUGAGAAAUGCCCACAAAGCUCCUGUCUCAACCUGGCCCCCGAUACAUGUUGGGUCCAAACACAGUACAACCUCUCCUUUACUCAUGUGCAAACCAUAAUCCUGACCCUGGUGAGCACCUGUCACAUGCCAGACUCUGGAUCAGGGUCUGGGUGUUUCCCAUAUGAUUUAAGGCACGUGGUUACCUUUGAUGUCAGAUGUGAGUUUGGCUCUCUCCACCAUUUUUAUCUCUUUCCGGGCCUCAGUGUCCUUUCCUACAAGAUGGGGAUGUAAACAUCUGCCUCCUAGGGUGAGAUUUUGAUGUUUUAUCUCCAUGAAGCAUAUAACUCUUUCUCUUGGCCCAAAGUAAUUUCUAAUACAUGCUGUUUUCUAAGGAGUUGUGAGUGUGUGUGGGUGGGAGGAUCAGGUGGUCUGAGGAAGUCUGAAGACUGGACUUACUGGGCACGUUCUUUUUCUUUUCUUUUCUUUUCUUUUUCUUUUUUUUUUUUUUUUUUUGAGACAGGGUCUUGCUAGGUCGUUCAGGCUUGAGUUCACUAUGCAGCCCAGGCUGGCCUCAAACUUAGGGUGAUCCUCCUACCUCAGCCUUCCAAGUGCUAGGAUAAUAGGCAUGCACCACCACACCUGGCCAACUGAGCACAUUCUUAACUCUUUGUGUUUGUCACCCAUCUAUAAAAUGAUUAUUUUUUCCUAAAAAUGAAAUGGUCCAAAUAAUUCCUUUCAGGCCCAUAUGCAAUGAAUGAGAAAUAUCGAAGUGCCAUUGGAAACAAAAUACUGGAUAAGAGAUACGUAUGAUGGGAUCAUAAGCAUUUGGGGUGUACUGGCAGGACCACUGCAUAAAAGGCAGUAGCUCUGGUUCUACUCUGGGGUCUCCUCUCAUUUAGCCUGAGGGACGUCCCAUCUCAUCUAUGAAUGUUCUCAUUUGACAAAUGGGCUUCGUGACCUUUGAGAUCUGUUCAAUUGGAACAUUUAGGUUCCACCUUUGGUUGAUGCCAAAUGGGUGAGAUAAUCGACCAGGGUCCCAUGGGGAAGUUCCCAGGUGGAGUCAGCACUGCGGGUAUUCAGGAUUGGCAGCCAGACCACUAGAAAACUAUGUCACCCCCCAGAGACUGCCCUGAAAUUCUGGCUGGGGCCCUGACAGAGGCCAAUGGAGCAGGUCUUAGUGGUCACUAUAUCCUUUCGGAUCCAUGGAAAUCUGCUUUAUCUCAGACUGUUCAGGGAGAAGCUCCACCUCUCCUCCCAUGGUCAGGGCCAGGUCGCAGGCUGGACUGAGCUCUGGUUAGGAGAUGAGAAGGGGACUGGAGGACUAUUCAGACAGGCAGGAAGUAGGAUUUAGGAGGGGAAACAAUGCUCAAUUGGGAACCAGAAGCCAUGGAUUCCCGUGCUGGCUUUGCUUCUUAGUAGCUGCCUGGGCCAAGCAAGCUGUGUUAGCUCCCCGAGGCAGGGAACCCUCAUCUGUGAAAUGGGCCCUUAUAAAUCUCAGAAGUGAGACACACAUGUAGUGGUGCUAAGAAAAUUACCAAGUGAGAGUCGCCUGUGAGAUAUAAGAAAGACGUAGAUGCUGCUGCUGAAAAAAACUGACCAGAAGGCUGAAGAAGGGAGCGCAGAGCUGCCUUGCCCUGAAGUGGGUGCGUCUGACAGAUGGUCCCUGGGGAGGGAUCAGGCUGAAGGCAGUGACGUUCACACGGAUAACCCAACACCCCGAGAGGACCUUUAUCCAGCAGUGGGAAACAAAGGCUGUGUUUCUUCAUGUGCCUUAGCUCUUGGGGCUUGUCCCCAGUAAACCAGUGGAGCUUUGUAAACAAGAUGCCCUACGGAUCUCAGGAUCUGGCUGUUUGCGCUCUGGACCUAAUGCGCGGGGCCUUGCCUCCCAGGAACUUUCCCAGGUUUUUGCCAGCUUUGCUUGCCCAGAUGUUUGGAUUGAAGAUAGCCUUUUCCAGAUGUGGCCAGACCAAGACAGAGCACAGCAGUAGGAACCAACAAAUGCAAUCUGGUCUCUCCUACAACCUUCUGUCUUUGAGAUGUUGAUGAAAAGGAUCCAACCUUGGACACAAAGAAGAUAUUUCAAUAGGCUGGGACCCUCCCACUGAGCCACAGGUGUCCCCUUUCCUCCGAGAUCUAGGAUGUGGAUUUUUUUUUUUUUUUUUUUUUAGUGCUUACAUCUGUGUUCAGUGAUGCUAAAGGCAAGAGCUGCAGGAAGAUGCUCUGCCAUGGCUCUACCAUGCCCCAAGCACUUGCUGAGGACUGAAACUACGAUGGUGAAUGAAAUGAACAUGUCCCAUGGCCUCAUGGGGCCUGUGCAUCUGCUGGAGAGAUGUUCACUAAUCAAAUAAUCAUUUGAGUACAAAAUAACAAACUGAUAUAAAUGUAGUGAAUGCAGAAGGCUAGAAGAAUCCUCUUUUUUUUUUUUUUUUUUUUUGUCUUUUUCAUUUUUAUCAGUACCAAGGAUCGAACUCACAACCACCUGCUUGCAAGGCAGGUGCUUAUGCCGCUGAGCUAAAUCCCCAGCCCUGCUAGGAGAGUCUUGAGCAGGGGACAUCUUCUAGGAAGAUAGAUGUCUGAAAAGGCUUCCAGUGGAGGGGACAUUCCGUUUGACAUCUGCAGGGAAGCAGUAUGUGGAACGGCAGGAAGGAGGUGAUACACUCGAAGGUUAGAGCAGCACAGCCUUGAGUCUGAAAGGUGAUGGGCCAGCUGGCCCACCAGAAAGAUGGUGACCCAGACACACUGGGAAGCCACUGAGGAGUUUAAAGAAUGACAAGACUGGGUUUGAAUUUAAGUGACUGUGGCCUGCGGAGGGACCCAGCAAGAGGCUGUUGCAAUCUGCUAGGUGAGAGAUGACAGAAGUAUGGUCUAGAGAGGACUCAUGGACGUAAAAAGCACAGACAUGAGAAGUAUUUUACACACGCCCAAGUUUUGAUGCCAUGAGGGUGAGGACAAGAAAAAUCAAAAACAGUGCCAGGGAUCUGUUUUGCAGGACUGGACAUUGGGGUCUCCUUCCCUGAGGCAGGGAAUCCCAAGCAUCUAGGAGCUGGUGUGGGGCUAAAGGCAAGCUCAUGAGCUCCUGUUUAGAUGCAUGCCCUUUGGCACCCAAAAUGGCAUGGGAGGCAUGUUGUCCAGUGCUGGAGCUCAGCACGGGGAGGGCCGGGUCCCUGGGGAUAAACAGGGUUUCCCAAAGGCUGAGCCCCAAGAAGGGUACCCAAGAAGGGCUGGGCCCAAGAAGAGUGCCUUAGUGCUGCCUGGUGAGCCUCUACAAGUACCCCUUGAAGGGGCCAGCAGUGGAGCUGCAGAUUAUUUGGUCAAAAUCUGGGCCGGAAACCCCAGGCUGAGCCUCUUCUCCGUGUGGGGACUCCUGGGUGGGUGCUCCUGCAGAGGUGGGAGGGAGGCCAAGGUUUCAGCUGGACCUUCUAAGAGGCAGGAGCAGGUCCCAGAGCGUGCGAGAGGGGCCUGUGACCCAGAUGCGCCCCCGCGCCCCCGCCGCGCCGCGUGGGAGGAGGCAGCAGCUGCAGGCUGCCGGGUGGAGGGAGAGGGAGAGGGAGAGGGCGGCGCGCCGGCCCGUGGGAAGCUGCGGCAUCUGCUCUUUCCACGCUCCUUCCUGGCGGCUCCCUGUGAAACCCAAGCCUCCCGGCCUGGCCUGGCCCGUGCCCUCCUCCGCCCGCCCCCCGGAUCGGGUUGCAGAAGCCGAGGGCCGCAGCGGUUCGCGUCGCCCGCCCGGCCCGACGGACGGACACAGCCGCAGCGAGGGGCAGGGGCCAGGCGAGCAGAUGGCCAGGCCGCUGUCCACUCCCAGCCCUUCGCAGAUGCAAGCCAGGAAGAAACGCAGAGGGAUCAUAGAGAAACGGCGCCGAGACCGUAUCAACAGCAGCCUUUCUGAACUUCGGCACUUGGUGCCCACUGCCUUUGAGAAACAGGGCUCGUCCAAGCUGGAGAAAGCUGAGGUCUUGCAGAUGACAGUGGAUCACUUGAAAAUGCUCCACGCCACUGGAGGGACAGGAUUCUUGGAUGCCCGAGCCCUCGCAGUUGACUUCCGGAGCAUUGGUUUUCGGGAAUGCCUCACGGAAGUCAUCAGGUACCUGGGGGUCCUGGAAGGACCCAGCAGCCGUGCAGACCCUGUCCGGAUUCGUCUUCUCUCCCACCUGAACAGCUACGCAGCUGAGAUGGAGCCUUCGCCCAUACCCACCAGCCCCCUGGUCUUGCCUGCGUGGCCCUGGUCCUUCUUCCAUAGCUGCCCGGGGCUGCCAACCCUGAGCCAUCAGCUCGCCAUUCUGGGGAGAGUGCCCAGCCCGGUGGUCCCCAGUGCCUCCCCUCUUGCUUACCCCAUCCCAGCCCUCAGAACCGCACCCAUGCGCAGAGCUUCUGGCUCUAUCCUGCCCACACGAAGGAGUCUGCUGCCCAGUCGGGGAGCCCCUUCCAUCCUCAGGGACCGGCCCCUUGAAAGGCCAGUGGCCCCCCUCCAUGUGGCCCCCAGCAGCAGGGCUGCCAGGAGCAGCCACCUCCUUCCCCUCCUGCGGUCUUCCUCCCCUGCAGACCCCAGUGCUGUGGGGAGCCCAGCUAACGCGGCUGUGCCAGUCUCCAGUGCAUCCUCUGCAGUGCCAGCCGGGAGACCUUCGGGAGCUGUGCUCUGCCGCUCCUGGGCCUCUGAAAUCACUGAAAUUGGUGCCUUCUGAGCUACCCCUCGCAUCCGCAGGAGCAAGGAAACUCUAAAAAUUGUCACUGUCUUUUUUGCUUUUGCUCUACAGACAGGGGCCUCCAUAAAGGGUCUUCACCCAUCAGAGGUCCCUUCCUCCUCCUCUAUGCUGACCCAGUUGUCCCCCUGGCUCCUCUCCCCUAGAGUGGUUCUGAUUCCAGAUGUUUGGUCUCAUUUCUCACCUGAGCGAUGAGUCAUGGGCCUCAUGAGCCCCUGAGAGCCAUGCCCAGACCUCUCUUCCACCCAGGAUGUGUGAUCUUAGAUCCGGGGCAAAAGCUUUAGUGUAAAAGGAUGCCAGAUCGCCUCCUGUCCUGGAGACAGUAACUGAGAAGGGCCACCAGUGAGUUUCUUGGGCAUCCUGCCUGCCCCCUCCCACCUGUCUUUGGCCACCCCAUCAUGGCGAGGCACAGGACAGACCCAUUCUCCGCUGCAGCCAAAGCCUGGGUGCUGGGGGCCCAGCAGGACCUGCUGCUGCUCUCCUGCUGGUGAGGAUGUGCACCCUCCUGCAGGCCAGCAGACCCCUGCCCACAGCCGGCUUCCCCAGGAAGGCUGGAAGGUUUCACAGAGCUCUGUGACAAGGUACCUUCAUGACCGCCAGGCCAUUUGUGACAGCACUGCCUUGCAGAAGCCAGCAUGAGCAAGCGAAUACCCCAAUCCCUGCCUCUGGCAGUCACUGUCCUCUCUGCGUGUGGUCCUGCCCCAUGGGGUGCACAGUGCGAGCACCACGGCCCCUGUGGGCAUCCUCUUGGGGUUCAGCACCAGAUGCCUGAGCUGUCUGCUUCGCGUCAGCUUGCAGAGUCUAGACUGUUGCCACGGCCAACGGCUGUUCAAGCUGGACAAAAAUAACUGCGAGGAGGGGCAGGAGGAAGAAGAAUCGAAGGCGGCUGGCCCUUCAAGGUCACACAGAGGGUCAAGGGCCUGAGAUCCUGUUCACCCAGAGGCUGCACCCUGGCUCUGCUCAGAGGCCGUUUCAUUCCACAGCUCUGCCUUAGGCCAUUCUCCUCUAAUGGAAGAACAAAGGGCCUGGUGUCCAUGCCCAGUGGAACAGCAGAGACUGGAGAGACAUUCAGGGUUGCCACAUUAGUUGACAUAGUGCAGAAACAUUUCUGUACUCGGAAAAACCUCCCCCUGCCUCCCACCCAGUGCCUCUGAGUGCCCCGGGCACUGGACAUUUUCCCAGGACCACCACCAUCUGGCUUACCUAGGUUUCAAGCCCUAGGCUUUGGGGUUCCCCAGCUGACCACUCAUUAGUGCUCAUGCCACACUGGUUAUUAAAUACUUUCCAUGUCUCUGA